GUGAUUUACAGUCAAGAGGAGAAAGCUGGGAGUGUUUUUAGUUAAAGCAGAGAUGCAUCAGAUGCUCUGAACUUUAURAAUCUGGAUCUUCUUAAAGGGUGGUCUUUGUGUGGUUCAUACCCCCCCAGUGGAAACCUUACAGGAAACUUCAAAAACUCUCCAUCAUGAUGUCUCCGGACGACCGGGUCCUUGAGGACCUGUUGUAUGGAAGUGACCUCGGUGACAAGACGGAGGACAUGGAGCUGGGCGGUGUCCCUGCACAGGUGGAGGCUGAGGCUGCUGCUGCUGAAAAUGUACCAACAGCUGUGUCCAUUCAGGAACCAAUGAUUUGUGGCGGAUGUGGCGAGCAGGUGUGUGACCGCUUCUUCCUAUUGGCUGCAGGGAGGGUGUGGCACGGCGCCUGCCUCCGCUGCAGCCAGUGUCACUGUGAGCUGCAGACUCAGCCCUCCCUCUACUGGAGAGACGGAACCAUCUACUGCCAGCAGGACUACUGCAGGCUCUUCGGAGGGGGUCAGUGCGCUCGCUGCUUCCAGCCAAUCCCACCCACCGCUUUGGUCAUGAGGUCCGGCGAGCUGACCUUCCAUCCUCACUGCUUCUCCUGCCAGGAAUGUGAUGUGAAACUAAUGCCCGGGAACCUGUACUUCAUGCAGGGCCCAAACCUGUACUGCCAAUCACAUUACACAUUAUCACAUGGAGACGGAGGCAACAUGGCCCUGACCGACCCUUCACAACCAAAUCUAAAUGAAGAGACAGGUCAAAACCAGGUGUCAGGCGAAGGGGAGGAGUCUGUCAGCAGCCCAGAACCACGACUGGAAGACAGGGAGGCCGGUGGGCGGACCCGCAGGCGGACCAAGCGAAUCAGGACUUGUUUCCGCAGCGAGCAGCUGAGAGCUCUGGAGACUUAUUUCGCCCAGAAGCACAACCCUGAUGGCAAAGACUGGACCUGCCUCGCUCACAAGACCGGCCUGCCCAAGAGAGUCCUGCAGGUGUGGUUUCAGAACGCUCGAGCCAAGCUGAGGCGCUCCCUCAACUCCGAGGACUCCCAGGUCAGCUCCCCCUCCAGAGCCGCUGCCCUGGCGGCCGCGUCCUCGACGCCGGCCUGCUCUCCGUCGGACCAGCCUCAGCCCUUCCCGACCAGCACCAUCGACCAGCUGCAGCUCUCCCAGCUCACCGCCCCGAUCAGCGAGCCCUCUUUGAGCCCGGUCCUCAAUCCGCCGUCGUACCAGCUGCUGCAAAGCCCCGCCUUCUUCCUGGACUACGAUUCCCAGAGUGCACCGGGGUGCAUCUCCUCUCUGGAGCCCAUUGGGGACUUUGGGGAGGCAGCAGGGGCGGUAGAGAGGAAUACUGAUACUUUUGAAGCACAUUAUAGCUAACUAGUGGUUUUGCAGUAACAGUUAGGUUUUUUAAAGUGAAUUGGUAGUUAAAUCACCAAAGAUUAUGAUGAACUUUUUUGAGUUUAUAACGAUAACUUGAUCCUGAUUGAGGUAAGAGAACAAAGUAAGCUGUUAUUGACAUCAAGGAGUGUAUUAGUCCAAAAGAAAACAAUUCCAUGAACCAUUAUUGCUGUGUAUUUUUUAUAGUAAUGUGACUUGUUUUAUUUAUUUAGUGAAUUAAAACUGU